UUAGAUAUUAUUUGCCUAAGUUGAUUUUUUCUUCUUUUCUUCUUCUGCUUUCAAAGUCUGUAUACUGAAUGAAUUCAGCGGUGGCUGUGUUGAGUGCACUUCCUCUUAUUUAAAAAUCUGCAAUGAAGCGGAUAGCAACCUUGAUUGGCAGGACUGCAGUGUCCUGUUGGCAUCAUGGGAGCCCACAUUUUCCCCCUCUACCUGCCUGGGCCCCUGGACCUCCUUACACCUGUCCGCAGAUCCGACACCUGGCUGCAAAACAGAAUAAGGGCCAAUUCAAAGGUCAGAAGAUCAACUCCAAACCAGUGAAACUAGAGAAACAACAGAAGCAGGAGGUGGAGAUCAAACAGAGGAUGACUGUGUCAGAACUCGCCAAGGCCAUGAAUAAAGACAUUGAUCAUGUCUAUGAGGCCCUGCUCAACACAGAUGUCGAUCUGGACGAGUUGGAGCCCGACACAGUGCUGGAGGAGAAAUGGAUAAAAGAAGCAGUAAAGAGAUCGGGAAUGAAACACAAAUGGGCCAAACUCGUAGAAACCAAAGUCAGAGAAAACAAAGAUAUCCAGAGACAACCUCCCCCAGAUCCCGCUCAGUUAGUUCCUCGAGCUCCAGUGGUGACCAUCAUGGGUCAUGUAGAUCAUGGGAAGACCACCCUGCUGGACAGUCUGAGGAAGAGUCAGAUCGCUGCGCAGGAGGCGGGGGGAAUCACGCAACACAUCGGAGCGUUUCGAGUUCAGCUGCCCUCAGGUGAGAAGAUCACUUUUCUGGACACACCUGGCCAUGCAGCGUUUUCUGCCAUGCGUGCGCGUGGAGCCAUGGUCACUGAUAUAGUCAUCCUGGUGGUUGCAGCUGAUGACGGUGUGAUGAAUCAGACUAUUGAGUCCAUACAGCAUGCCAAAAAAGCCAAAGUGCCGAUUAUUGUUGCUGUGAAUAAAUGUGAUAAACCUCAAGCCGACCCCCAACGCGUGAAAGAGGAGCUUGUAGGCCAUGAUGUCGUCUGUGAGGAGUUUGGUGGGGAAAUACAGGCCAAUCACGUGUCUGCAUUAAAGGGGGACAAUUUAUUAGAGCUGGCUGAAGCCACGGUGACGCUGGCAGAGGUCCUGGAGCUGAAGGGCGACCCCACAGGUCUGGUGGAGGGGACGGUCAUCGAGAGCCGCUCAGACAAAGGCAAAGGGCCGGUUACCACAGCCAUCAUCCAGCGCGGCACUCUGAGGAAGGGCUGUACGCUGGUGGCAGGAAAGUGCUGGGCUAAAGUGCGCUUCAUGUUUGAUGAAGCCGGACCCAGCAUCCCCGUGGAGAUCGUGGGUUGGAAAGAUCUUCCCUCUGCUGGUGAGGAGAUCCUGGAGGUGGAAUCAGAGCAAAGGGCCCGUGAGGUGGUGGAGUGGCGCAGCUACAUGGAAGAGCAGGACAAGAUAAAAGAAGACCAGCAGGCCAUCGAAGCCAAGCAGAAGCAGCAUCAGGAGAGCUAUAAUAAGGACAGGGAGAGCAUGGCCCAUCUCUCCUGGAGACAGAGGAGGGCGGCCCUGUACCGGGCCAACAAACACAAACUCUCCCACAGGCUCAGUGAGAAAACAGAGAUAGAGGAACUCACACUGCCCAUCAUCGUCAAAGGUGAUGUUGACGGCUCAGUAGAGGCUAUUUUGAACGUACUGGAAAGUUACGAUGCUGAUGACCAGUGCGAGUUGGAUGUGGUACAUUUUGGUGUGGGCGACAUCUCAGAAAGAGACAUUAACUUGGCAGAGACGUUCUCAGGUGAGGCCUCGGUUCUGGCCACAUUUGAUGUGACGGUUGGGAAAAAGAAGAUCCCAGUGGCUGGCUGUAGAGUUCAGAAGGGCCAACUGGACAAAAAGAUGAAAUUCAGACUUGUUCGAGGGAGAAACAUUCUCUGGGAAGGAUCCGUGACAACACUGAAACAUCUGAAGGAUGAAGUUCUGACAGUAAAGACAGGCAUGGAAUGUGGCCUUUCUCUAGAUAACGAAGAACUUGAAUACAAACCUGGGGAUGAAAUUAUUUGUUACAGUCAAUCUGAGAUCAAACAGAAAAUUUCUUGGGAUCCAGGAUUUUAAGGGACUGCAUUUGGCGCAUCAGUAUACUAUGCUGUGUAGUUUACAUGCACAUAUUGUAGCUAUAACAAGACUAGCUGUAGCAAACCUACACAGUCGCCAACAGGUAAUUAAAAAAAAAUAAAAAAUGUAAAAUUUGAUUGUCUUCAUUUUGACUCUAGAUAUCAGGACUGAAAUAAGUGUUCAUAAUGUAUCUUGUAAUGUAAAUAAAAAUGAGGAAGAGUCACAUUUUCAAAAAUCGUUCUUUUGAAAAGUAUUAUGAUUUUCAUCCUACUUCAUACAUUAAAUAUAUGAAAACUUAUCGCACAAUAUAGCUUUUGUAAUACAUUGAACAAUACAUGAAAUAUAUUUUUAAAGUCUGGAUGGAAAUGAAAUUCCUGGGAUAUGGGGCAA